AUGAUCAUUAAUGAUUCCUAUGUCGAUGACAUUCUCCAUUCAUGUGAGACCAUCUCAGAAACCUAUAGCAAAAUAAAUGCCACAGAUGAAAUCCUUAAGGAGGGAGGAUUUCAAAUAAAGCAAUGGGUGAUUUCGGGCCACCAUGACAUGACAGAGGAUGUGAAAGUAAUUGAUACCGAGGUCGAGAAAGUGCUGGGCAUGAUAUGGGAGCCAAAGGAGGAUCAGUUUUCCUUCAAAUUUGACAAAAGAAUGGUUCUGAGUCAAGUGGCUUCACUAUAUGACCCUCUGGGCUUACUGACACCUUUCACAGUCCAGUGCAAACUACUACUGAGAAAACUCAUCACUUUGAAACGGGAACAAGACGGAGUGGAGCAAACGCUGGGUUGGGACGAUCCAAUUCCUGAUGAUGUGUAUGGGGAAUGGGAUGGCACACACUCGGCCCAGUUACUUGCAGCCAAAAGUAGAAUAGCUCCCCUACGACAAAUGACUAUUCCAAGGCUUGAACUCUGCGCAGCCGUGCUGGCUUCUAGGUUACGUAAGACAAUCGAGAAGGAGUCAAGGUUUGUAGUUGAACGAGUGUUCCAUUUAGUUGACUCACAGAUCGUGCGAUCACAGAUACAGAAAGAAUCUCAUGGAUUUGAAACAUUCGUGGCCACAAGAAUCGCAGAGAUCCAAACGCAUACAGACCCCAGUGAAUGGUGGUGGGUGGCUUCAGAUGAUAACGCUGCCGACUGCGCCACACGUCCCCAGCAUCCUCUGAGUUUGAGGUCCGAUUCUGUAUGGCAGAAGGGACCAGAGUAUUUGACUCUUCCUGUCGAAGAAUGGCCAAUCAGUCAACCCUAUGUGCGAGGGCUUCCUGAUAGGAAUGGCACAUCACUUUCAUGUAAAACUGAGAGUAAUCAGAACACUAAACAAUCCCUAAUAGACAUUGAAAGUUUCAGUUCUUAUGAGAAAAUGAUCAACACUACUGCAAUCGUCUUGUCCAUCUGCAAGAAGAAAACUUUCCACAACAUACUGCAGAACAUUACAUCUGAGAACCUAAGGAAGCAGAACAUUACUGGGUGA